GUCAGCCUGGGUACAUAUAUCAGAGUGAGGGAUGAAGUGAGGUCGGGAACCCAGCAGGAUUGCUAGCAAGAACUCCAUCCACCUCCUUCACAAUGCUGUCAAACAUCUUUAACUCAAGGGCUAUAGCAGUGUGCAUUGGGGUGCUAAUGCUCAGCUAUCAGGUCUGCUCAAGUCCCAUCCUGAAAGCUGAUUCCUCAAGUGUGGUUGACAGUCCAGCCUCCCUCAGCUUGCAGGCUCUAAAGCGGUUCGCUCGGAUGACCCCCCUCUGGAGAAACAUUGGUACCAAACCCCAUGGAGCGUACUGCCAGCACCACCACGAGUGUUCAACCAAGAUCUGCAGGGAAGGCCAUUGUUCAUUGAACCAGAACUUCAAAUCCUAAGAGGAGUGAGAGUCUUAUUUGGAAGCAUGAAGAAAUACGAGCAAGUGAUGGACGGCAAUUCUUAACUACUCCAGUUAUUGAAAUAUUGAAAUAAUAUCAGUACUGUAUAUGUAUAUAUAUAUAUUUGCUAUGUUAUAUAAUCAAUGUGAAUUGGAAAACAGGACUGUUUCAAAUUUUAUGAGGAAAGGUUAUUAUGAAAACUCAAGUGUAGAGCACUUUGUUAUGGUAUCAAGGUACUAAAAAACAAAAGGGUUGCUGUUUAAUGCUUAUAAAAAUGCUGUAUUCUACCAAGACGCCUGGAAGCAAAAAGUAUGCUAGGCAUUGACUUGGGUAGUCCAGAUUGUGUAAGUUAAUAAAUGUUAAUAAUAAACGAUUUCCAGCUUCCUUUUGUAAUAUAGGAAACUUGCAGUAGAUCAAGACAAGCGCCCCAAUAUUUAGUAAACUGACAUGAACAGAUUUGUUAAUACAAGAGACAAUGGAAGACAUCGAAUUCCCUUUUUUUUUUAAACUGAAAAGACCUGAAUGUACGAGAAGACAAGUUAGCCGGAGUCAAGGUUUUUAUACCAGCAAGAGGUUCGGUUUUCUCCAAAUCCAAUCAAUGUGUUUCUGAGCCACUUAAGACUUUGGUUGCUUGCACUAAUGGCUUUAAAGAGUGGGGUGUAAACAGUUUUAAUAGUCAUGUUAAAAAAGCUACUUGUUUUUGGUAUGAUCAGAACUGUUCAAGUGAGGGAAAUUGUCAUUAAAACAUUUUUAAAGCAUAAACAAA